AUGGACUUAAACAAUGGCCUCCAGCUCCAUGGGCUCUUCCUCGGGCGUGCUGUUGGAGCUGUUUUCGGCACCAUGCUUGGUGGGUGGUUGUGCGAUGUUUGUCCCAUCAAGAUUGCCAUGUGCUGCUGUAUUGGCAGUUCGGCACUUUCUGUGGUGGCAGUGCCGUUCGCGGCAGCAACUGGCAGCCUUCACAUUCUGUCCGGGAAUUUUUUCCUGUUGGGCUGCUGUGGCUCGGCGCUGGUCUCGUUCACUGUCUCUGCAGCCUGCUGGAGCUUCCCCGGCAAGGAGGUGGGCCCGAUACUCGCGCUCUGCAAUGGGGCCUUCGGCAUGACCAGUGCUGCACUUCCGUUGGCCUUCAAAGUACUGCACAUGCAGGGCCAGCCUGUGGCUGAGUAUAGCUUUGUGGCUGUCUGCGCUGCUCCACCUUUGGCCUUCCUGGCAGCGAGCCAGGCACCCCAGCGACCAGUGGAAAAAUCUGCUGAGUUUGAAUCAGAUGACAGUUGCGAGGAUGACGCUGGCAUGUGGUCAGCAGCCACAAAGCGAUGGAUAGCCGUUCUUGCAGCAGCCGUGGCACAAUUCGUGUUCUCAGGAGCGAACUCUGCUCUGUUGGGCUGGAUUGUGUCCUAUGCAGACGGAGAGCUUCAUGAUCUUGAAGUGGCACCUGUUUUGGUGAGCCUACUUCAGGGUUCACUGAUGCUGGGCUCCUUUGGAGCUUCAAGAUACCAGCAGUACUUCGCACUGUGGGACCUGGCACGCGCCCAAGUGUUCCUGGUAUUGUUGGGUCUGCUUGCCUGGCUGCCAUUCACGUCUUCUGUGCCGGCAACAGUCUUGGCCCUUACGUGGUAUGGCUUAGCAGGUGGACCCUUGGUGACGUACUGCAGCACUUUGCUAAACCAGCACUGCAGUCCAACAGGAUUUCAGUUAGCUGUUAUCAAUGUUGGUGGAAAUUUUGGCGCCAGCGCAGGUCCGUUUUUAGUUGGCAUGCUGAUGAUUCGACUGGGGCCGCAAGCAUUGCCUUGCGCUGUCGCUGCCUCGUUUUGCAUGGCGCUGCUUGGAUUUGCUGCCGCUUCACUCCCUCGUUUCAAACUGAUGCGAAGCAACAGCAAGACAGCGCCACUGCUGAGCGAGGGAUGA